UUAUCCAGUCCCAAGCUGUGGCAUUAAUUUGUCGUCAAAUGGCUUGUGCACACUUCUACCAUUGCGCGGCGAGUCUGAUAUUCCGGUCCGAUACUGGAGCUCGUUUGGGCCAGAUUUUGACGCUAGAGAGUCCUCAAAGUUCGUUGCUUGGAACUGAGCUUAGGGUCUCAUCAUGCAGUCUCAAUCUCAGAAAUCACGUGCCUGUUUCACGGCGCCGGCCCCUAGCCGUCACUGUCUCCGUUAGCCUUCCCACGGCAAAACCAGAGCGUGCUUCUCCUGGCCAAAAAUUUCCCAAAUGGUCUUCCAAGGCUAUAAAAUCGUUUGCAAUGUCUGAAUUGGAGGCUAGGAAACUCAAGUAUCCUACUACCGGAACUGAAGCCCUUCUCAUGGGGGUUCUCAUCGAGGGUAACUAUCUAAUUUUAUACAUUGCAAAUUUUCUAUAUCUGUGUUAGUUUUUUUUCAAUUUU